CCCGAAGCCUUUGUCAACCCGCCCUAUCCGCAAAGAUUUGUCGAGUUAGCGUUUCACUUAAGUUCUAUGACGUCACAUUCCCCUCCGUGAAUCACAGUCCAAACAUCUCAUUCGGACACGAGGGCCGAUCAUCAUUUCCGACCGUACGUCUCUGUUUAGGAAUUCUCCUGGCUCGACAGAGUUCAUCAUUACCUCCCUGUCUUUAUUGAUUACUUUUUCCUGAGCUGUGAAGAGCGAACAGCGCUGCCUGGAGAAUUUUCGAAACUCCGCCUGAAAGCGACUCGGUGCUUCACUGCAUACACACAUUGCCAGUCAGUUUCAAGAUGGCGGACUAGGGAAGAGUUCACGCAUGAUGCUGGCGAAUUUUUAUUUCUUUUCUCCCUGUUUCUUAAGUCAGAUGUGAGAUACAAGGCGCGAAUUGGGUCAAUGAAGAGUAGAAUUCCAUGCAGGCCAAGAAACGCUACCUACUCCUCGUCUUGUGCGGAGUUAGCGUGAUAUUGUGUUACAUUCUCAUACCCCUGUUAGCGACGUACCGGGAAGAUGGGAGCCAGUCAUGGCAUAGUGACGAUUUGGAGUUCGGCGGAAAAAGCCGGCGGUACCUGGACGCAGAAGACUCCCACGAUGACACGAACUUGCAGACGUUUUCACGUUUCCAGAGGGCGACUAAAACGACGGGAUUUCGACGGAGGGAGUGUAGAAUGGAGACGUGUUUUGACUUCGGCAGGUGCUCGAAGGGAUUUAAGAUUUACGUUUACCCGACGACCGAGCAAGUCUCGGUCCAUUAUGUCAAAAUUCUGAACUCCUUACGAGACUCUAGAUACUACACCACCGAUCCAGAUGAGGCCUGUAUAUUCUUUCUAGCUAUAGAUACAACGGAUAGGGAUACACUUAGUCCAAGUUAUGUCAAAAAUAUUCCCGAUAAAAUCGCAAAACUUUCCCAUUGGAACGAAGGCCGAAAUCAUGUUAUUUUUAAUUUGUACUCGGGCACUUGGCCCGACUAUGUACAGGAUCAAGACUUUGAUAUAGGUUACGCCAUUUUAGCUAAAGCCAGUAUAUCAGUGCAGAUAUUUAGGCCUGGGUUUGAUAUUUCAUUUCCGUUAUUCCACAAGGAGUUGGCAGCAAAGGGGGUCGAGAAGGGCACCUUGGGGUCCCUCGCAGUCCCCCCCAAUACACAAUAUACCUUAGCUUUUAAAGGCAAGCGUUACUUGACGGGUAUCGGAUCUGAGUCUCGUAACUCUCUGUAUCAUCUUCACAAUGGAAAAGACAUGAUCUUACUUACGACGUGCAAACACGGAAAAGGUUGGAAAGUAUUACAGGAUGAAAGGUGCCCACAUGACAACGAAAUUUACGACAAGUAUGAUUACAAAGUAUUGCUCAACAACUCUACAUUUUGUCUAGUCCCUAGGGGCCGCAGGUUAGGCUCCUUUAGGUUUAUAGAAGUGCUACAGGCAGGCUGUAUCCCAGUCUUAUUAGCCAAUGGCUGGGAGCUGCCAUUUUCUGAUGUGAUAGACUGGAACAAAGCUGUAGUCUGGGGAGAUGAAAGACUACUUUUACAAGUCCCAUCCAUUGUUCACUCAAUCUCGGAUGCAGAUAUUUUAGCCUUUCGCCAGCAGACGCAGUUCUUGUGGGAAACUUACUUCUCCUCUGUGGACAGUAUGGUGCAGACUGUGCUGGAGAUCCUGAAAGAGCGCGUCGUUCAGCACAGUGCGCGGACCAGCGUCAUCUGGAACAGCACACCUGGAGCCUUCAGUAUUCAGACAGACUUCUCUGAAAAUUUAUCAGACUUCCCAUUUUAUAAUAAUAUUAAUCAGCAUAGAUUAUCCCACAGUAUGGUGCUGCCACCUAUGUUACCGUUGGCCACAGGGGGGAAUUUUACAGCAAUAGUGUACGUGACCAACUGCGUAGUGCUUGGUUCCUCGCCUGUGUCCAAGCUUUUGAAAAAUUUAGUGAAAUCCAGUUUUUUAGCAAAGAUUAUAGUGUUAUGGAAUUGUGAUGGCCCUCCUCCAGUGAGAAGUAAGUGGCCUGUCAUCCCGAAGGUGCCAAUGAUUAUCAAAUCAGUCAAGACAAUCAGUGCCAGGUUUCAUCCAUGGGAAGAAAUCAGUAAUCAAGCUGUCUUAAAUCUUGAUGAAGAUGUCAUGCUUACAACUGACGAGAUUGAUUUUGCCUUUGUCGUCUGGCAGCAUUUCCCAGAGAGGAUUGUGGGAUACCCAGCUCGUAAUCAUUUCUGGGACGAGCCUCGCUCUAAAUGGGGCUACACCUCCAAAUGGACCAAUGAGUACUCUAUGGUGUUGACAGGGGCAGCGUUUUACCAUAGGUACUAUAACUAUCUGUAUACUACUACCCUGCAUCCCCUGAUGAAGAAAACAGUGGACCAGUGCCAGAACUGUGAGGAUAUCCUGAUGAACUUUCUAGUCAGUCAUGUGACCAAGCUCCCACCAAUCAAAGUUACCCAGAGAAAACAGUACAAGGAGACCAUGUUGCCAAGCAACAACAUCAGCAAACAGUCAACAUGGCUGGAGGCUGAUCAUUUCUCACAGAGACAAGCGUGUAUUAAUACUUUUGUCACAAUAUUUGGGUAUAUGCCUUUGGUACGUUCAAACACGCGCCUCGACCCUGUGCUUUUCAAGGAUCCUGUGUCAAAUUUACGAAAAAAGUAUAGACAAAUGGAGGUGUUAUAGCAGUGGCUUAUGCUGGGAUAGUUUUUCUAAACAUAUCUUAAGGAGAGAGAUCUGGCUCUGUAAAGUGGUAGCAGUGUAAUUCUUCUGCUGCUUUUUUGAUCUGUGGAAAUGUUGAAGAGUGUGAGACCAUGAACAGCAGGUGGUACAUCAAGAUAAUCUGACCAGAUAAAUAAGGGAAUUUUUUUUCUUUAUGAUCAGAAGAUGUUUGGCUGUCUGACGAGGGGCCAUUGACUGAUGGUGUAUUGGAUUUGUUUGGUGUCAGUCACUGCCACUAGGGGGCAUUUCUUGCAGCUCAGACCAACCAGGUACCUGUUGCCAUUGGCAACAUGUCACGUCUUAGAAAACUGGCCAAUGAGAAAAUUUGGAAGUAGGUCACUGCCACCAGAUGGAGCUUUAAUGGUAACUGACCAAUAAGUGUUACUGCCUUUGAGAUGGAAGGUCACUGCCACAGGAGAGCAUUUUAUACAUACCUGGCCGGUAGAAUAUUUAGCUGAAAUGGACACAUUCAAACAUAUCAACAAAGAUGUCACAUGGUCCAGGGGUGGUAAUGUUCCAGCAAACGAUGUAAAGAACUGAUGUAAAGAUGCUGCAAUCACACAACUAUUUAUCAACAAAACCUUGUAACAUACAAUAGCAUUCACCUUCAGAGCCAAUGGACUCCAAUUUGGAGUUAAAUUUAGUCUAUUUUUCAUGAACCAAAUACAUUUAUUAGUAAAUGCCCAAAUAAUACAUGCUUUUGUCCCUAAUGCCCCUUGUUUGAUACCUUUUUGUGAAGAUCUGAUUUUUUUUCCUUGAUACAUUUUGUGCCUUGAAUAAUUUUUUGCUCGCAAAUGAUUAUCGUCUUUUUUUACUGAAAUGUCACAUUGAUGAAUUGAGGUUAAUAAUUUUGCAUGUAAUUGUGUCAUGUUCGCUGAUUUUUUUUCUUUGUUCGUAAAAAAUUUUUGAGAUGAUUUAACAUCAGAGAGGUUACAAGCUCUAACACCUACUGUGGAACAUGCUGUGCAUGUUUUUUUUUUUUUUAUGUACAGAUGGCAGUGUGGACAAACCAUUAUAGCUGUCACUUGUUUAAAGUUCGUUUGUGUGAUAAAAAAUGGCAAAAAAUAUUGCUUUUUUAGUCCAUUUGGUUUAAUACAAAUGUUUGCACUGAAGGCAUCAGCAUUUUUUUUAAAUCUAAUUAGGUCAAGGUCAUACAGGGGUCACACAAGUGCUCAAGGCCAAGGUCUUAUGACCAGGGCUGGUCCCAGGUCAACUUUUUAGAUUUGUUAUACUGAAUUGGCCUUGGGUAAAGGCUGUUAGAUUAAACAAUCAAAGGCCAAGUGUUGUCUUUUUUGUGGUGAUUGAUUAGGUCAGCUCUUGCAGGCAUAUACUGAAGGUUGGAACAAACAGAGGUGCAUUUAAUUUUAAAGCUAUAUAGGUUUCAUACCAACACAAGUAUUUUAUAUUAUAUAAUGGGAUAUGUAUUAUAAAGUGAGUUUGGAUGCUGCAUUCACAAAUAUAUGGUAGGACAGGUACUAGUGAAUGGUGUUGUUGACAAUGUAUUUGUGAAAGCGUUAUUGUGUAUUUUUUAAUUACCAAAAUGGCCACAACUGAGUGAGCAAACAUGGGCUGCCUUCUCAUUAUAGAAUAUUUUUAAAAGCACAGUGGAUGGAAAGUGUACUUAUAGCUGCGGUUUUAUUUGCUUAACAGAUAUGGCUUAUGAUAGAUAUAUAUAUAUAGUGUGACGGCUUGGUAGGACAGAAGAUUAGUUUUAUAUUAAAACUUUUACUUGUAGAUAGUGAAAAAGUCCAUUCUUCCAGAAAAAAUCAUGACAUUCAAAAUGGUACUCUUAACCAAGACAUGUUGGUUUUAUCUUGUAUAUUUUGACAAAAUUUUUUUUUUCGGAGUUGGAUUUUAUGGCGUGUGAAGACAGGGUUUAUUUUGGAACGGUUGGUCCGUAGCUGACACAGGAGAAAUUAUUGAAAACUAUACCUGUGAUAAUUCUUUGGUGCUAUUUUAGUGGCUGUUUGUUAAGAAAGAUGAAUAACAAUAACUAAGGAUGAAAUGAAUUAAGAAAUAAAGAAGGAAGGGAAUUGAUUGAAAUAAAGGAAUUUACUUAAGCCAACUUAGGUUAUAAGAGAAAAUGCUGGCAAUUUAUAAUUGUGCUGUAGAGAUUUUAAUCAUUUUAUUGUGUGCAGUCUCCAUUUUAGUAUUUUAUGCUUUCUGGGUUUCACCCAUGAUUUAAUUUGCAUUUGUCACUUUUGCUUGAUUUUACUUUUACACCUUUAACAUAGUUCUCUCUAACCUAACUCAUUUCAUUUAAUGAAUGUUGACAGCUUUGUGUCUGAUGCUGUCAUGGCUGAAAUAGAAUGGACAGCCAUAACGCAACCAGUAAGAACGGUGGCAAGAUGUGUUAGGUGUGCUCCUGACAUGACACAACUGAAGCAAUUGGUUUUUAACACAUUGUUUUGUGUGCCAAGUUCAGAUAAGCGUUGUCAUUUUUUUUUAACUUCUAGUAGCCAAAAAUAUCCUACUGUUAUGAUGAUUGAUUAUAGUAAUUGCAUAAUAAGUUCACAAUUUAUACACAACUCUGAGGCCUUAUUUGCUUUUUUGAAAAUCAGUUAUCUUUUAGGUUGGGAUAUUUUAGGAUUUGUGACGUGUUUGUUGUCCAUUUCGUCAAACUGUGUCUCAUUGUUUUAAAUGUACGCAGGUCCCAUGUUUCUUGUCAGUUGCCAUUUUUCGAUGUGGAUAGUUAUUUAUCUGAAACAUUUGUUGCAUUGAUUCUACGAGGAAUCUCAAAAAAGGAUAUUUUUCAGUGAUGUUAAAAAAAUGAUCUGAUAAAUCUCACAGUUCCAGAGAUCUUGCACUCACUAGAUCUCUUAUUGUGAGGUGGCUUUGUGAUGUUGAAGAAAUCUGGGGCCUGUGUACAUUUAGGCGUUUUGAUAGUCGUACAUUUUGGGUGAAAAUGAUUCAUUUUAUAUCACUCACUCAUUCAGCGUUUCCAAUGUUGCAGAGAACAUUUUUAGCAUUGUAGCCGCACGAGAAAUGUCAAUUGUAUAUGCUCUAUUAACAUGUACAUAAGAAGUUGCUACCAGGUAUUUAUUUGCUUGUAAUAGAGGCUGUGAAUGAAAUUGUGCAAACUUCCUGAGGUCAAAUUCGGGAGGGAAUUUCUCAUAAUCGAAUAAAGAUUUUUGACAUAA